AUGAAGCCGGCCAACGGCACAGACACAAAGGACUCGUUUGAAGAACUGGUACGCUGCAUGAUCGGCGGCAGUUGGAGUCAUAUACUGGACGCACUCAGCAUCGUACUACACAAAAGCAGCGACGAGAAAAAUGGACAAGCGAGUGCUAAUGGGUGUGUCGCCGAUGUUUGUCGGGGUAUUGAAUUGCGAGACGUUGUGGUAUAG